UUGUUUGUGAUUCUGCCUGGAAAGUCCACAUUGCUAAAUUCUCCCUGCUUGUAGGAUUAAUCUUCGGCCACUUGAUAACAGGAUGUAUAGCCGACUGGGUUGGUCGACGGCCUGUACUGCUCUUCUCUGUCAUAUUCAUUUUGAUAUUUGGACUGACUGUGGCACUCUCAGUGAAUGUGACCAUGUUCAGCACACUCAGGUUUUUCGAGGGAUUUUGCCUGGCUGGAAUAGUCCUCUCCCUGUACGCACUGCGGAUAGAGCUCUGUCCUCCCGGGCACCGGUUCAUGAUCACCAUGGUGGCGAGCUUCAUCGAGAUGGCAGGGCAGUUCCUCAUGCCAGGGCUGGCUGCCCUCUGCAGGGACUGGCAGGUCCUCCAAGCAGUCAUCAUCUGUCCCUUCCUGCUGAUGCUGUUCUACUGGGUUAUUUUCCCAGAAUCUCUUCGGUGGCUGAUGGCUACACAGCAGUUUGAGGCAUCCAAGGAACUGAUCCUUCAGUUCACGCACAAGAACAGGAUGAACACAGAAAGCGACAUCAAAGGAGUGGUGCCUGGGCUUAGGAUGGACGAAUCAGUGCAUAGGAUGGACGAUGAUGUGGGAAUGAAGCUGUUGUCUGUUCCUCAUUUGUUGCAGAAUUUGGAAGAGCUGGAGAAGGAAAUCACCAGGAGACCGAAGAAAGUCUGCAUUAUUAAAGUGGUGGGAACAAGGAACCUGUGGAAAAACAUCGUAGUGUUGUGUGUGAACUCGCUGACUGGUUAUGGCAUACACCACUGUUUUGCAAAAAGUAUGAUGGGGCACGAAGCGAAGAUGGUGAUUACCCACAACUUCUAUGCGGAUUACUACACCAUGGCCGGGAUUGCACUGGCAUCCUGCCUGGCCAUGUGCCCUGUGGUCGGGUUUCUGGGGAGGAGAGGAGGACUCCUGCUCUUCAUGAUACUUACAGCUUUGGCAUCUCUUCUGCAGCUGGGCCUUCUCAACUUGAUCGGAAAAUACAGUCAACUUCCAGACUCAGGUAUGAGUGACAGCGUCAAAGACAAAUUCUCUGUUGCGUUUUCCAUCGUGGGUAUGUUUUCUUCUCAUGCUGUUGGAAGCCUCAGCGUGUUCUUCUGUGCUGAAAUCACACCCACAGUAAUCAGGGGAGGCGGGCUGGGGCUGGUCCUGGCCAGCGCGGGCUUCGGCCGCCUGACCGCCCCCAUCAUGGAGCUCCACAACCAGAAAGGUUACUUCCUCCACCACGUCAUCUUCGCCUGCUGCACACUCAUCUGCAUCAUCUGCAUCCUGCUGCUGCCCGAGAGCAAGAACCAGAACCUGCCUGAGAACAUCCCGGAUGGGGAACAUUACACCCGGCAGCCCCUCCUGCCGCACAAGAAGGGCGAGCAGCCCCUGCUCCUGACAAACUCUGAACUCAAGGAUUACUCUGGCCUCCAUGACUCAGCAGCUGUGAGUGACGGGAUCUCGGAGAACACCACUGCCAACGGCAUGAAGUCAAUGUAACUGGGUGGAUUUUUUUCCUUCUCAUUUUUUUUUUUUAAUUAUUUUAUUUCCCCUUCUUCUAUUUCUUAUCUUCCUUUUGUAUUUUAUUUGAUGCUGUUGUGCGGGAGGAGUAGCACUUUGGGCAAAGGUGUUUUGCACAGAUUUUACAAACCAGUGAUGGAGCAGACACAAACUUAGAGGAAUUCAACUCUGCUACUAAAGCAAAUUUUGGCGUCUUCAACAGUUAUGCAGAUUACUCUUGAAAAGUUUUGGGGGAAAAGACUCUUUUGAGAAAAGACCUGGCUGGCAGUAGCCCUUCAGAACUCUUUUUUUCCUGCCAUUAAAUAUGUAUAUUUAUUUUGAUUUAUUCUCAAGAAGCACUUUAUUUCCUUUUCCUUUCAUAGAUCACAAAAAUGAAGCCAUCUUAUAAGAGGUGCAGCCAUUCCAAGAAAGAAACCAUGGGGGGAGGGGGAGUGUUGUUUUCUGUUUUGUUUUUGUGUUUCUUUAAAGGAAAGAAGGAUUCUCUGCAAAGUUGAAUUGACUUAAACUUAGACUUGUGCAACAUUUUUCUGCCUGUCUAGAAAGUCCAAGUGCCCAGAUUGCCUGCUGUGUUUGUAUACACUAAAAAAAAAAAGAAGAAAAAGCAAAGCAAAACCUGUUGUGACUCAAACUCUGACUGCAUUUUAUGAAUCUUAUAUUUGUCUUUAUAGCCCAUGUGCACUUAAAAGUUUCUUUCUAAAUUAGUCCUCUUUUGUUUUCACUGAAUGCAUUGGAGAAAAUCCUACCCAAACAAGCUGAUUUUUUAAUAAGAAUCAGCUUUCUGCAUUUAAAGAGUAUAUUAAUCUAUUUUAGGUGGUUGCCACUGGUCCUUAAUAGUAAUGUAGAUGAUGCAAAUGAUUUGACUAACGAUGCAAAAAUGAGUUUUGCCUAGAAUGGCUAUAAUUAUCAGGAGGCCCAGGAUCUCUGACUGCUCCAGGAGAAAAGCCUAGACUAGCAGUGAUAAAUAAUAAGGAGCAUGGGCAACGAUCUAUAACUUUAUUCCAAAAGGCAGCAUAGCUGGGAUUUCUGCUCCUGGGAAAUGAGUGUCCUGGUAUUAAGUGUUUUUAGAAUCAGGGUUUGGGUUUUCAAUUUAAGUGGAAAAAAUGCUUAAAUUAAUGUUGGAAAGGGAUGAAUUGAUAUGUGAAUAAUGACUUACUGAGCUGUCUUGAGUUCUUAGAGAUGUGUUCUGUUUCUGACCCAAGAAUAUACAAUGAACUCACCCUUAUUUCCCAACUGCUCUUGUAAGAUUUUAGUUCAGGAAAAAAAAAGUUUACCUAAAUUGGAUUAAUUCUACACAAAGUGAACAUCCAGUUUACCUCCUGCUGUGCAGAUGGCACUUUGAUAGUGGCCACUUGACUUCUCUCCUCCGGCCCCCAAACCAACUAUCUCCUUUGGCCAUUGGCUUUUGGUUCUCACUCAAGAGAAUUUUGUGAGGACCUAAUUCAAUGCAAGGACUUCGUUAACAAAUUUCUUGCAUUGUAGUUAACCCUCCCCUCUCUCCCUCCCUCCCUCUUCUCCUUUCUCACUCAGGCCAUCCAUUUGUGAUUGCUCGGUAGUGCAGACGUUCAAACAGAGCAGCAGGAUGUCAAUGUUGUACUGAGUGUCCGUAUGAUUGCCACUUUGUUUGAUGUACAUCUUGCGUUCAUAUGCAGGGGGAAGUGCUCAUUUGCACUUUCCUCCUCUACCUUCCCUUCCCCUUCCUCCCUUGCUGUAUAUAUCGUCGAUUAACUACUGUACCUAACAAUUUCCAUCCUCCAUUAGGCUGCCCAUGUCCUCUUACAGUCCCCAAUAAAUCAGAGAUCCAUGCUCCCCGGCAGGCCACGCAGUAAAGUAGCACAGCCUCAGACGCUGACGGGUGCAAGGGGACAGGUAGACCUGCAGAAGCAACAGAGGUGGUUGUGUUCAGAGUAACAAUGUUGUCCUAAAGCUGCUAAUUUUUACAGAGGAUGAUGUGGACAUUUGGGUUCUUCUUGAGCCUGGUAAGAAACACUGGAGCAGUUGAUGGUAGUUUUGCCCAGAGUUGUUACACUACUGUUUUUUUCACCUUUGCUAGAUUUGCUGUGACAGCAAGAGCCUGAUCUUCCUUACGCUCAAGUUUUAUUGUCAGGCUUGACUGUGGCUGCUUCUUUUCGUUCUGAGCCGAGACCUUUGCAGUCCGUGUUCACCUGAGGAAAGAGCCCAGCCCUUCCCCACUUGUGCAGUAUUGACACACCAAAUUAGCGCGAUACCUUUUGCCUUCGAUGCGAGAUGCUUGUUGCAAGCCACACACAUUCGGGGACGAAAGAAACGGGUUCACAACAAAAAGCUGAAGAAGCGAAACAAGGCUUCAGGGAAGAGAAAAAGGGCCUGAGAGAGGAGAAGGUGCAAGUGCAGAGGCAGAAAGCAGCGUCCUGCCAUCCAUCGUGCCGUGGAGCCAGUGGCUCCUUCCUCCCUGCUCUUCUUCGUGGCCCGUGUGCUCAAGCCGCGGUACAGCUCUUGUAGAACAUCCACAAGCCUAUAAAGCCGGCUGCUUCCAGCACUGUCAGUGGUCCUGGUGAGCUCACCGCUGGUGUCCACAGCGCUUUAUCGUUUCCUGUUCUGGUGGUUGCUCUCCGAUGACAGGCACAGGGAAAAGAAUACUUGUUUAAACAUACCAAUUUAGAUAGUAAAUACACUAGGUGACAGGAACAUGCAGCAACUUUAAUUUUUUAUUUUUUUUUAAGAAAAAAGUCUUGUGAAGUUGAUUUGAUUUGCUGCUUUUUUGUUUUUUGCUUCAAACCAGGUAGUUGGUACUGAUCUGCAAUGAAGGGAGCCCAGCUUCUCUAGUUGGUCUGGCCCUCUGCCUCUGUCACAACAAUAAAGCAAAAACUAAUUUCCUGCCUUGGCAGUUCCAGUUUUGCUCCUUUUCCUGAAAACAUGAACACUUCUGUGAUGAUUACGUUCUUCCACACAUGCUCACGGGGUUGGAAAGCUUUCACUAAACCUAUCUUGUGUGGAGGAUCCAGGUACCAGGUGAUGCAGCAGGGCAGAAAGGAAGCGUGGGGAUGCUUGCCCUGCCUUGUCUAGUCCUGCAGCAGGACAGGGCUCUCUCCUGGAGUCCCAGCCUGCUGCACCAUUGGCUCCUCGGCCAUGUCUCCUCUGCAGCCAUCACCAGGAAAGGCUUUUCUCAGGCGGCUCUUUCUGGCCACCACAACAGGGGAAGCAGUCCAAGCUGUCUUGUCCAUUUUUGGCCUUUUUCUGUGAACCUUCAGUAACCUCUAAGCCCAUCAGUAGAUUUUUCUUUGGGUUUACCAUUUAAGGGCUUUCUCCAUCUUUGUAAGUUCAAACAAAAAUGUGAAGUUGACAUUAUGCUUGAUCCUGGGGGUUUUGCCCCCCUUUUAAGGUUCCAGUACUGCUUUUGUUGCCAGACACGCUGCAAACAGAUAGCAACAGUUACCUGUUUGCAAGUGUUUUGUGGCCACUCAGAAAGGGGGUUGUGUGAUUUACUUCUGGGUUUCACUGAGUAGGCUUUUUUUUUGUUGUCGUUCUUUUUAGUGGAAGUAUUUUGCUUAACUGUUGCCACUUCCUGGAGCCAAACACUUUAUUGGUCACCAAAUUGGAAGCAGAAGUGCCAUUAACUGAACUCUGUGAAUGUCAAAUCAAGUUGCGCCUGUAGCUGGCACAUAAGACAACACUAUCGAGUGGAGGGAUGAUCUCCCCCACUGUAACUCUUUUUUAUUUUGUUUUUUAAGAAAAAAAAUGAAAUUACAAACCUCAUUUUAAAUGUAUUGUGUAAAAUGUUUCAGGAAAGGAGUACAGUGUGUUUUGUCUAGUGGGCGAGAUCUCCCUCCCCAUUUCAGUUUCCGAUGAAGUUUUAAAGAAUCGUGUUACUGUAUGUUUUGAUCAUGAAUAGUCUGGUGGUGCUUCCUCAUAGCACAAGCUUAAAUCAAGUACUGAAAACAGUCUUACAAGCUAAAUGUCUGCAUGAUGUUACAUCUGUUGUACCUACUGAGAAGAACUUUGUAUGUAAAUGUACAGAAUAAAAUGACGUUGUCCCAUCA